AUGUUGAUUUUAAGUAUCAAUCUUAACCAUUGUUCUAUCGCCGCGGCUCAGCUCCCUGUUAUUGGUGAGAUCACUGGGUCGAUUCCCGACAUUAUAUGCCUACAAGAGCCAUAUCUAAUAAAUGGUAAUCUUGCCUCGAUUAACAAUUCUUUGAGACUCGCUAUGUUUCCUGGAGGUCGAACCGCCAUCAUUGUCCUCAACGAAAAAAUUGAUUGCACGUUUGAUCUGCAAACUGAUAUUAUCACUGGCAUUACUGUACACCAGUCGAAAAUAUUUUCUAUUUUUUCUUGCUACUUUUUCCCUGCCGAGGACAUCUCAGCUUAUAUCGCUAAAUUGGAGGACAUAUGUGAAAAUUUUAAAGAUUUUUUGAUAUUUGGAGACUUCAGUGCUAGGCAUACCUGUUGGGGUGCGCCAAAUAUAGACCCGAGGGGCUCUAUUGUCUUUGAUUUUUUGGCAGCUAACAACGUUCUUCUGAUAAACUCCCCUGAUUCUCCUCCCACCUUUUCGUCGACUAUUGGCACGGGAUGGACAGACCUCGUUUCGUGUUCUCCCGAAAUGAAUUGUUCUUCAGAAAGUUUAGAGAUAUCUCAGGAAGAGUCCUUAAGUGACCAUAAAUAUUUGAUACUUCAUCUAGAUUUUGAGACCAGGAAAAAAGAUCAGACUGGUAUUACUAAAAAUGUUUAUAGGAUUUCGAGAUUCUGCGAAAAUUUUCGAAGGAAAAUAUCCAAUUUUACUGGUCGAUUAAUUAAUACCGACUCUCCAUGCGAAAUAAAUGUUAUUAUUGAUGAACUUUUAAUUGUAUUGAAGACCGGAGUCGAGUCUAAACUGAAAUCUAAACCGAGUCGGGGAAAAGAAUAUAGAUGGUGGACCCCUGAACUCACCAGACUCCGCAGAAGAGUCAGGGCUAUGAGAAAACGCUCACAGGUCUGGGGCAUUCCUGAUCAUGAAAAAGAUUUCAGAAAAACCGACUACAAAAGAGAAUUAGCCUUUUAA